AUGGCAGGUGGAGUCUUGGCCGAAUUCAAGGCAGCUUGCUCCUGUCCGAGAUUAUCUCAGUCCAUUCCUCAGUCCAAGUGGAAAGCUCCACCUACGGGCUUCAUUAAAAUUAACACUGAUGCAGCAGCUUUUGAAGAUGGGAGGAAAUCGUGCAUUGGUGUAGUCAUUCGCGAUAAUAUGGGUGAAGUUCUAGCAGCAUCAAACAAGGUUCUACCCGCGACAUACUCUGCUGAGAUCUCAGAAGCUCUGGCCAUGCAAGAUGGUGUGCUUCUUGUAGCGGAAAUGGAAGUCUCCCACGCUAUUUUUGAGUCCGACGCCUUAUCCAUUAUUCUAGCAAUUAACGAUGGAAUCCAUGGUGGUGAGCUUGGGCACAUAAUCAGAGACAUCAAAGAAGUGGCUGCUUUGUUUUCCUGGUGUUCUUUUAAACAUCUGAAAAGGGAAGGCUACAGAGUUGCCCAUGAGCUUGCAAAGGUAGCUGGGAAUUCUGGUGUUUCACAGUUUGUCUCUGCUUUUGUUGUUGGUUUCGUGGCAAUCUACGCCGCACCCGUUUCGUUGAACCCUGUGACUUUUGUGAGGGACGUGUUGUUUUACUUGGUGGCGGCAUUGUUCUUGUUCUAUGUGUAUCUCAGUGCCGAGAUUUUUCUGUGGCAGGCUGUUGGGUUUGUUGGGUUUUAUGUGUUUUUUGUUGGGAUUGUGUUUUGGAUGGAUUUUGGAUUGGGUGGAGGGAGGAGGAAGGUUGGGGCUGAGGUGGGUUUGGUUGGGGAAGGUGAGGUGGAGAAGGGUUUGGUUGAACAAGACUGCGAGAUCGGAGAGGUUUCGAGGAAUUUGGAGGAAGUGAAGCCGAGGUUCGGGUUCUGUCGAGCUCUUGGAAUGAUCUCAAAAGCAUGGGAACUUCCUGUCAUGUUUCUAUUAAAGCUCACUAUUCCUCAAACCACACCUUCAGAAUGGAGCAGGUUCUAUGCAUCAGCCAAUAUUGUUCUUUGCCCCCUAGCUCUUUUAUAUGCUUGCAAUUCAUUAAUGCCAUUUGAUCAUCCAAUUGUUUUUCUCCUUCCACAAACCCAUUUCCCUCUCUGGUUUAUAAUACUAUUUGCUAGCUUCUCGCUUGCAGUGCUUCACUUUAUAAUAGAAAAAGAGCCCCCAAAAACUGAGCAGAUACCUGUGCUGCUCAUAGCAUUUGUCAUGAGUGUGUUCUGGAUAUCCACUAUUGCUGGGGAAUUGCUGAACUGCCUUGAAGCACUUGGAUCACUUCUUGAAUUGCCAACAGCACUUCUUGGGCUCACAGUACUUGCAUGGGGAAAUUCAGUGGGGGAUCUAGUUGCCGAUGUGGCAGUUGCCAAAGCUGGUCAGCCUGCAAUGGCCAUGGCUGGCUGCUUUGCUAGGCCAAUGUUUAACAUGCUUGUUGGGCUUGGAACAGCUUUGGUGAUACAAACUGCCGAUGUUUAUCCAAAUGCUUUUGAGCUCCAUUUUCAUUUGGGAAUUGUGUCUGCAUUUGUCUUCCUGUUACUGAGCUUGAUGGGGUCUCUACUGGUGAUUAUUUGGUACAGAUUCUGGGUGCCUAGGUUUUGGGGGUUUUGUCUUGUUGGUUUGUAUAUUCUUUUUAUGGCCGUUAGCUUAAUAAUUGUCAAGUUUUCUGGGUGAA